AUGCAGGGCAGUUGGUCGGUUUUGAAGAAGAACUGUUCUAACUUCUUCCCUGGUUUACUCGCCUUUGCCCAACAGACGCAAGAGGCAUACGGCAUUUGGCUCCGAAUUUAUAACCGUCAACAAAAAUAUGGCCCAACAGACUUCGUUGAGCAGAGCGAAACAUUUUCACCCGACUACCAUAAACGCUUCCACUCACAAGACAAGAACAUGUGGGUUGACAAGGAGCUCUGCACGGAAGUCUCCCAGAAGGAAGUGGCGCGUCUGAUGACGUACAAACUUGACAUGUGGCGUAUGGCUCAUUGCGCUGGUGCGUUAUUGGCCACGGGUGGUUAUGCCAUUCCCUUCGGACUCUUUUGGCUCGCAAAUGAUACGUGGGUUCCAUCAUCUUUUAACCUUACUGGAGAGGAACUCCGGGCGUGGCGUGAAGCUCAGGACCUUUACCGUUACCGCAGUGCGCCGUCAUAUCUUACGGAUACGAAAUGGCACUUCGAUUUUCAUGCGUAUCCAUGGAAUGAAACACAGGAACGUGCCUGGGAUGACUUGUUUGAGAAGAAUGAUGUUCGACGUGACCCUAAAGUGGUACGCCCCGCCGCUGAGAUGUAUGACGGCUUCAUCAAGUUUGAGUUGAUUCGUCGCAAGUCUCUUCGUCAUCUUUGCAGGAGCAUGAACAUUCCCACCUUUCCCAUGCUCGCCCGCCUUUGCAAUGGUACACGGGUGCGUGACUACUGGAAUUUGGCAUGGUGUGAAGAUUACAUGGUCAUAACGCAGCGACUGCACGAGUCCAUGACGGAUGAGGAACUAUAUGACUAUGCGUGGCGUCGGUAUCUUGCCCCUUAUGAUAAGAACCUCAAUCGAGAACAGCUUAUGGAGCGUGUAGAGGAUUAUUUUGAGUUCCUUGGCCCUGACUUCGUUGCCCAUGGAAAGGCACCGAAUCUUGUCAUUUUAACCAAUUAUGUCCUUGGUUAUUAUAACGACCCCGCUUAUCUGGAGGGAGACAUAUCGGAACUGGACAAAAAUGAUUACGACCACUUAGCGAGUUGGGGGAAAGAUGCGUUUCUGCGCCGACUCGAAUUUGAAAACGGGCCUCUAAGAGAUCAGGUGGAGGCGCACACACAACGUUUGUUGGCGGAGCGUGCAGCGAUUGCAAAGGGUGAUAAUGCAGCCGCAGUGGAGGGCCGACACACAGCUUAG